CGCGCUGCUGGUGUCGAACUUUUUCUCACUGUGCUAUCCAUACCAUUGCAUUUUCACGAGUUGUUGUUAUAAAAUUUCACCGUCUGUACACGUGCAUACGUUGCUCCUCUUACCUAUACUUUGGAUUCGGUCUGGGGUGGAUCGGCUCGUUUGCGCUUUGUGGCUGGCGGCUUUUGCUCUCAUCAGUAGACAGCGAGAAAACAGCAGUGGAUAAGGUGCGUCUCCUUGUAUUGCGGUCGAAUCGAGUCUGAGCCACGGGGGAUGCGAGUGGCUGAGAGAGGAUGUCUUUGGGCCGAGCUUGGGGGUCGCGGCUAUUCUUGACUUUGGUCACCGCCACGCUUGUCAUAGCCAACAACAACUACCACCAGCAACACCACCACCGGUCCUCGUACUUCCACGGCGAGGGUACUCCCGAUGACGACGACCACACCCGCAAGCUGUCCAACAACAUUACUCGUUUUCAUGCAGAGACUAGCAGCAGUCACCACCACCACCACCACCAGUACCAUCAGAAGCACGAGCAGUCACCUCUGAGGGUUCCGCACCUGAGGCACCACCACGUCGCGCACAGGGGCCCUUACUUUGAGAACGCCGAGGGCCGAGAGAUCAAUGGCUCUCAGAGCAACGUGCACCUCGGCGACACCGCCCUGCUCGACUGCCGCGUCGUCAUGCUAUCCGGAAAGACGGUGCUUUGGAUCAGACAGAGCCCGGAUCGUGCUCUGCUCACCGUCGGCGAGGCCACCCACAUAGCCGACCCGCGCUACUCGGUCAGGUUCAAGUACCCGAACAACUGGCGGCUCGCGAUCUCGGCCGUUCAAAAGGACGACCGGGGCCUGUACGUCUGCCAAGUGAACACGCACCCGCCCAGGAUGCUCGUGACUAACGUCACUAUUCUCGCACCAGAGAUAAAAAUCGUGGACGAGGCGAACCACGAGCUGCGCGACCGCUACUACAAAACGGGAAGCGUCAUCGAGUUGACGUGCAAAGUCCGGCCGUCGCAGCCCGGCUCGAAAGUUCCCCAUCCGGUGUGGAAGAAAAAUGGGGAAACGCUCCCGGAUCACAUCGACGUUUAUCAUAGCAACGGUAGUAGCGUUAGCAGCAGCAGCGGACCGGGCCAUGAAUUAUUGACGAGGCUGCGGAUCGAGCACGCAAAGAAGAGCGACACUGGCGAGUUCAGCUGCACCAUAAGCCAGUUCAGCACGACGGCAGUUAAUAUUCACGUGGUCAACGGAGAAAAGCAGGCGGCGGUGCAUCACGACCAGUGGAACGCGGCGGGCCAGCCGAGAAGCAGCAGCAUCAGCGUAUUGGCCGGUCUCCUGCCCCUCGUCCAGCUACUCCGCUACGCCGGUCAGCUGUGGCUCAUCUCUCGACGGGCAUGAAAAUUCAUAGAUGCGAGGGAGCACAGGGGCGAUGGGGGCUGUGAUUACGAAUCGCUCCGCUGAACGAUUUGUGUACGGGGUGGUGACGCCCCCCCCCCUGCAUCGCUAUGUGUACGUACAUUGUGAGCGGUAUCGCUAACAAAAGAGAUGGUGGGCUAUGGUUACGUGUAAUCGUGGCUAUCGUAGCGUUAAGCUUUAUAUUGUACGUGUUUGAGAUGAGACGGCGAAUAUUGUUUAUCGCUGACGAUGAUAAUAAUCUGUACGUUGUUGUUGAAACGACGAGUGGUUGAUUCACGUUACUUCGAGGAUGUAUGUUUGUAAAAUUAAUUGAAACUGCUUUUUUUUUUUUUCUGUUAAGAAGUAAAUUAUUGUCUCCACAACGAAUACAGAUGGUGUUUUUGUGUUUCGACUGAUUUGAUGCUUUUCACAAUGAGUAGCGUCUAAAAUGACAAUGUAUCGAUUGAAUAAUAUUAAUAUCGUCGAUCGAAAGAAUUUAACACGUCUGUGCUACAUUUCAAUGGAACCAAAUGAAUUAUCUGUAUAAUGAACUGUAAAUAUAAAAAUUAAGAAUCGCCAGUAAUGACACUGUGCUGAGCUCAAAAGUGUUCGAACUUUAUGUAACACAUUUUCUCGGUGCACACGUAUACACACACCACA